AUGUAAAUUUUUACGAUAAAAAAAAAUCGCUGCAUGCAUGUCAAUCACCAACGUGCCACGUGUAUUUUUUUAUUGAAAACAUUCGUUCUAAAACUUUUGCGAUCCGUCGAAAUCACGAGAAAAAAAUGUCUAGUGACAAUUAACGACAAUAAAACACCCCCUUUUCUUUCUAUACCUACCUGCCUCUGACAUAGAUAAUUCAUGUAACUCGAAUAUGAAGAAACGAUCGCCCCUUCGAGCACUUGCGAGAGAAACAUCGUCCGAGACAUCUGGUGGCCGUCCUGUAAACCACUCUGAUGUAUGGAAUUAGAAGAGAACUAGAGAAGGGGAUUUGGGAGAAGGAGCAAGUGGUCGAAGGAGCAAUCGGCGUUGGGGCGGAGUCUGACGGUCGUCACACCUCCCCUCCCCCGAUUCUACAUCUCAGGACGUCCCCCCGGCGAUAUUCCACUGCUGUCACCAGUUUUGUCACGUUCCGGGAGGAGUGCAGUUCGACGGCCGUCAUAGUAGGAAGAUCAACCGUCUUUUAUUCAGAAGGAUUAACCAGAGAAAUGGACGUAUUUGCGUUGUUGCGGUAACAGUGUUUAUUCGUGGCGUCGAUGAUUCGUACUUGGAAUUCUGCAACUUCUCACCGGUAACGUGACACUUACCGACGGAGUAGAUAUUAAUUCGUUUGUUUCACGUCACGUGCGAUUCACGCGGGUGCGACAAUAGGCUGGUGUAUACCGAGAGUAAAAAAGCGUACGGUCGUGCGCGUGCGUUCGUUCGGGUACGUUUCACGGUGUGAAUUUUUUCUCUGAACGCGGGCAAAGCCUAGCGUGGGAUAUUGGACGGUGAUAAACGUCGAGAGCGAACCGUCCUUUCCUCUUUCCUAAUUGUAUUUUGGCAGCGUGUGGUUCCCUGCGGGGGUGUCUCUUGUGUCGUGGGCAACCGCUUUGCGGUAAAACAAUCAAAAUUCGGGUGAAGAACAGAGAACCGUUACCAUCCUACGCGAUGGAAAUGAGCGACGAAUAUCAGGACAUGGGAAACCCUGGGGGAGGGGUCGCGGUGGUGAACAUACCGAUGGCCCAUCAUCAGCAUUCGCCCGAUAGUCCGCUGUCUCAUCAGGAAGAGGAUCUGUCGGAUCCGGAUCUUCAGGAUGAAGAGAGCGGCGAGGAGUUACCUCAGCAGCCACUUCAAGGUAACACGCACUCCUCGACGGAUAGUGCAUCCGCGCAGGCUGGUACACCUACUCCAUUAACACACUUGAACAGUCUGAUGGGUGCACAUCAUCCGCACUUUCUGGCAAAAUUGAAGAUGGAGCCCACCGAUAUGGACGCUUUGAACAACAAGAGCGGUUUAGAAGCGUUGCAAGCGGCAAUGGGCGGAAGUGGUUUCAAUCUACCAUUCUCGUUUCCACCGCCCGCGUUUCUGACGCCCCAACAUCACUCGCAAAACAGUCACGCGCAAUCUGGUGGUGGUAGUAUCGGGAGCGGGGUUGGAAAUCAAGUGACGUCGUCGGCUAGCUCGCAUUCUAGCGAGUCUUCACAGGGGAGCGCUAGGAACGGUGGCGAGCCUCGCGAGACCAACAGUCAGUCGCAGAGUAAUACGACGGGAGCGAAUCAUCAGCAACAGACCAGUUGGAGCUUCGAAGAGCAGUUCAAACAGGUGCGUCAGCUUUACGAGAUCAACGACGAUCCGAAAAGGAAGGAAUUCCUGGACGAUCUCUUCAGUUACAUGCAAAAACGAGGAACUCCGAUCAAUCGGCUGCCGAUCAUGGCGAAAUCUGUACUGGAUCUGUACGAAUUGUAUAAUUUGGUGAUAGCGAGGGGUGGCCUCGUUGACGUGAUCAACAAGAAGCUUUGGCAGGAAAUCAUCAAAGGCCUACACUUACCAUCGAGUAUCACUUCCGCCGCGUUUACUCUGCGUACCCAGUACAUGAAAUACUUAUAUCCGUACGAAUGCGAGAAGAGACGACUAUCGACGCCCGCAGAGUUGCAAGCGGCAAUCGAUGGGAAUCGUCGCGAGGGGCGGCGAAGCAGCUACGGGACGUACGCUGCAAGCGGUAGCACGACGAACGAGAGCCUCGUUCAAAGGAAUCCCCACACGCCCAACUCGUUGGCGUUGCACGCGCAAAUGUCCCCGUUAUCUUUGGUCACAGCCGUUGCAGCCGGUGGCCAACACCACGGAUCGCAGUCAUUGGUAAACGGCAGCGCUGCGCACACCCCAUUGCCACACCACCCGCACCAUCCUCAACACUCGCAGGGACUACCGGGACAACCACCGAAUGCAGGCCCCAUACCCGGAAUGGCGCCGUCCGAAUUCGAAGCACGCAUGGUGGAAUACGUGAAAUUGUUGAAUAAGGAAUUGAGAAGCGGUACACCGCCACCGAUGGGGCACCGGCCGGGAAGCGCCUCUCCCCCGUCCUCGACGCCCUCGAGAGACGGGGCGUUCAGCGCCCUCGAAAUGUCUCGAUUGACCUUGUGGAACAUGUACAACAACAACACCCUGUAUCCAGGAGUGGGACACCAACCACCUAUAUCGCCUCAAACGUCUCAUUCCCCGCUACCUCCGGCCUCCAGCCCUGAACCUCAGAGGGAAGCUCUUGAUCUUGGGCUCAGCCGCGAGUUCCUUUUUCACAGGUCAUCGCCUGUAUCCUCACCGGCAAGGCAAAGUUCACCAUCUUCGGGUGGCAGUAUGCAAGUCAAGAGGGAUACGGAACUGACUGUCGCACCUGGACCUCCUCCCGCUAAAAGGUUACUCUCGGAUGAGGACAGUCCGCCCGAGAAGAACGCCCCACCCACCCUGGGCACGCACAUUAAAAUUUCAAAUAGAGGUGAUGGGAGGAACGGUGACAAUUCCUUAGUAGUCAGUAUGGAGUUGAACGGAGUGAUGUAUCAAGGUGUUCUGUUCGCUCAAAGUGACAGUAGGUCCACGAGCAGUACAGCGUCCACCAACAACAAUAACGCGAAACCGUCGCGGGGUGUGGUCUCGUGAACGCUCAACGAAUCGUCAACUCACCCGCGAAACUAUAGCUCUAUAGGACACACUCCCUCGCGUCGGUUAUAAGUAGGAGCAAUAUUAUAAACAAAGAAUCGAGAAUAUGCGGUAUGAAGGGUGUAAAGGGUGCAAAGACUUGGUUUAUCGGUCGGUCGGACGACCACUCGAUAUCGCAUUCUCUUUCCUUUCGUUCAACCCAAUGAUAUGAUUAGGAAAGGGGGAAGGUAGGGGGGAGGGAGGGGGGGAAGGGGAAUAUACACGUGACAAAAUAACGAUACUUGUACGGUUGAACUAGAGCGGAAAGAAUUUUCUUCGAAGAAUCUUGACUGGAAGCACUCGGCCAAAUAGAUUAACCGUUUUUUUGAGUAACGAACUUCCGAACCGGAUCGAUCAUUUGUCUUUUUUCUUUUUUUUUUUCUUUCUUUCUUUCUUUCUUUCUUUGUUUCUUUCGUUCGUUCGUUCUUCCUUUCGUCACUUUAUCAAUCACCGAAUCAAAACAUCUUAACUUAUUUAUUGAUGCUGAUUUCUCGAGAUUUGAGCGGCGUGUCGAUUUUUCUUUUUUUUAGUUUUUCUUUUCUUCCUUUUCUUUUCUUUUCUUUUCUUUUUUUUUUUUUUUCUCUCUCUCUCUCCCCUCUGUUCGGGAAAUCAGUUAUUUCUUUCGUUAUUUUAUUAUAGCGUUUUAAAUCAGCAUGCGUGUGUGUAUAUUUGUUACGUUAACUUUUUACCACGAUAUCAUUAACUCGAUAUCACAGCGAAUGUAAAAAAAGAAAAAAAAGCAGGUGUGUGUACAUAUGUAUUUGUGCACACAAAUAUUCACACUUGUAUCAUUCUUCAACGCACUCACACACGCGCACAUUAGUUCACAGUCGUACCACAGAUAUAUACAGGAUUGGGUAAUUGAUGAUUUAUAAUCGAUGAUUUACGUUAAUAUUAUUAUUCGUAAGAGAAAAAUAUUUCGGAUAGAAAUUGGAUGGAAAAUUUCGAACGGAAUAAAUUUUUAUGAUAUUGAUUCUGUUGUACGUGAAAAUAUAAGGAGACUAAUGCCUUAUUCCUGCAUUUAAUGGAAUCAUAUAUUUUUUUAUUAUAUUAUUUUUUGUUGAUUAUUAUUAUUAUUAUUAUUUUUUUUUUUAAUAUAAAAAAUAUAUAAUUCCAUUUAAAAAGGAUAUUUAA